AUGGGUUCUCGCAUCAACACAAUACUGAUCAUUGGGGCCACUUCUGGGAUUGGCGAAGCAUUCGCUCGGCGCUUCUAUAGCGAUGGAAAGAAAGUGAUUAUUACUGGUCGCCGAACGGAUCGUCUGGCAGCGCUACAGAAUGAGCUCCCAGGCAUAGGAACUCGAAAGUGGGAUUUGUCCGACAUUGCGGGCCUGGAGCAGCAUGUAUCAGAUAUCAUCGCAGAGUAUCCCACUCUGGAUACAAUCUUCAUCAAUGCUGGCAUACAAAAGUCAUUCUCUUUUCUAGAUCCGAAGACAACGAGCCUCGAAAGCAUAUCUUCUGAAAUUAACGUGAACUUGACCGUUCCUGCACUUCUGAUACACCUAUUCGUUCCGCAUCUAAUGCAAAUUGCUUCUGCUGGAAAUCCUGCCAACUUGUUGGUCACCAGCUCAACUCUCGCGUAUUUUCCUUUUCCAUUCUACCCAGCUUACUGCGCCUCAAAAGCUGGUGUGCAUGGUUUGUGCAUCGCUCUUCGGGAGCAAUUGGGAUUUUUACCAGAUAACAUCCAAAAGAACUUGAAUCUAGUUGAGGUUGUGCCGCCUUAUACCGAUACGGGGCUGGAUUCAGAGCAUCGCAGCGCCGUGACAGCCAUGCAAGGGGAAAAUGCACUGGCACCUAUGCCGCUAGCUGAAUACAUUGAAAAAGCUUAUGUUAGUCUCAAUGACUUAGAUCAGGACGGGCAGAUGAGGAAGGAGGUUGCGGUAGGUUUUGCUCAGACAGCCGUCGAAAUGUGGAGGGGAAGCUUUGGCGCCUCAAUUGAGGGGAUGGGCAUUCGCUGCUAA